CCUUCUACUCAAACUUUUCCCGACGGUGAUUCAAGACUCCAUGACUGCUGGUUGGACCAUAGGAUACUCCCACCAUUCAGGAAUGUGGGACUUUCCUUCCAUAUAAGGACUUUUUGAUAUCAAUCACGAGUCACUACCUAGACUCAGAAAGGGGAAGGUGGAGCCUAAAAUCGAUUAACGAAGCGUACAAGUUCGUGUAAGCAUUUUUAUUGGUUGCAAGAAAAAAGAAAGGAAGUGUUUAGUUCACUCCGGAGUUUAACUGGAAGAGAAACGAAAAUAAAAGUAUUUGCACAAAGUAUCUAUACGAAAAACAAAGUAACUCGUUUAUAAUAAUGUCUGGCUCAUCAUUUAACAGAGGUCCUGCUUAUGGGUUUUCUGCAGAAGUCAAAAGCAAGAUUGCCGGAAAGUACGACCCUCAGAGAGAGGAGGAGCUAAAGGUCUGGAUCGAGGAUACGACCGGAUGUGACAUCGGGGAAGACUUCCAGAAAGGCCUGAAAAAUGGUGUCAUCUUGUGCAAACUGAUCAACAAACUUCAACCUGGCUCUGUGAAAAAGAUCAACUCGUCCACCAUGAACUGGCAUCAGCUGGAGAACAUCACCAACUUCAUCAAAUCUAUCCAAAUGUACGGCCUGAAGCCCCAUGAUAUCUUUGAGGCCAACGACCUGUUUGAGAGUGGGAACAUGACCCAGGUCCAGAGCACACUGCUGUCUCUCGCUGGCACGGCCAAGACCAAGGGCUGCCAGUCCCGAGUGGACAUUGGUGUGAAGUACGCAGACAAACAGGAGAGGCUAUUCGACGAGGAGAAGAUGAAGGCCGGACAAUGUGUCAUUGGACUGCAGAUGGGGACGAAUAAGUGUGCCAGCCAGGCGGGCAUGAAUGCAUACGGCACCAGGAGGCACCUCUACGAUCCCAAGGCUCACAUCCUGCCCCCCAUGGACAACUCCACCAUCAGUCUGCAAAUGGGUACCAACAAGGGGGCCAGUCAGGCUGGCAUGACAGCUCCAGGAACCCGCCGUGCCAUCUAUGACCAGAAGCUGGGCACAGACAAAUGUGACAACAGCACCAUGUCACUGCAGAUGGGCUCCAAUGCAGGUGCCAAUCAGAGCGGGCAGAACUUUGGCCUGGGUCGUCAGAUCUACAACGCCAAGUACUGCCCCAAGAACGAGGAGGAGCAGAAUGGGGCCGGAGCCGAAUAUGUCCCUGACUACCAAGACGAGGGUUACCAAGAAUUCAAAGAUGAAGCAGUGCCGGUGUACCAGCAAGAGGGGACGGAUUAUUAAAAGGGGGGUUGUGCUGGUUGAAAACAGAAGAAACACCAAGAAAGGCUUUUUCAAAGUUAUUUGUUACAUAGGAUUUUCCGCCUUUUGGUUGAUCUCCUUUUGGUAUUGGACAAUAGUGCCCUCUUGCCCUCAUUUAAGCACCGGUUAGGACCAAUGUUAGACAUAUCUCACAUGUACUAUGCAUUAGUAGGUUUUUAUAUUCCUGUUGAAAUGGCUAUGCUUAUGUGUUUUUAAAGUGUAACCACUAAAGCUAGUACUGGUGUCUGGGCUGUGAUUAGCUUUUAUAUCCCAAUGAUUAGCUUUUAGUAAAGUACCAAAGCCCUCUUGCCAGUUUCCCCCUCAAUAACUGUUUGCCAUUGGUACAUUUAAAUGUUUAUGACAAUUUUUUUUAAAUCUUCAGGCAAAUAUUGCCUGGAAUCCAUCUUUGAAAGGACCCAAUAGAAUUCAAUUAUUAAAAAUCCCCAGUUCAAAAAUGGACUGUUCCAUAAUUGUAAUUUACCUAUCCUUGUACCAAAGGUCAUAUUGUUAAUGUAACCUAUAUACAUUUAUAUUACCAUAAUUGAUGUAAAUUUGUGGUAAUUAUUUGUAUCCAUUCAGUAUUUUUACUUGGUAAUCUAAAAGACAACAAGAUGUAUCUGUUUGGACCUUCAAAAGAAACCACCGUCCACGUUUUUAUGUAUGCCAACUGUAUACUUUCUUUGGAGGAAAUAUUUCCUUUGUUUGCAUAACCAGAGCAACUGGAGCCAAGAUUGUUUUCUUUGGCUUAGAGUAUCUUGGGGAAAAAAACAUUCAGGCUUUCAACAUUCCAAGCUGGAUGCUGGAUUCAUUUUGUCAAUUUUCUUCAUUGUAUAAUGUUUUAAUGGAUUCACUGAUAAGAGGAUCAAACAUAUUUUUUGAUUUUGAACUCUGUCAUUCAAUGUGAUUAUUUAUAUAUAGUUUUAAGUGUUUUUGUUUUAUACCGACUCUGAAGGGAAAUGUGCUUUUACUACCUUUUUGGUUUUAUAUAUAUUCUUUGGGCUUUCCUUUCGAUCCAUAUUUUCAUUAUGAAUAGAAACAUUUAUGGAUGUUGGGAAAUAUGUGUGAAUAAAGACAUACAUUGUAUACAAA